UAUAAGGCGCUGGACGUUACCGAGCACGAAUGUUUGUGGGGUGGGGUUUGUUCUUUUUGAGGAAGUAUAUCGUACUGUAUAGCCUCAUGUGCAAAGCGUACGGACGCUGCCUGGUUUUCAAUCGCACGGGAGAGAGAGAGAGGGAUAGAGAGAGAGCGAGAGCACGUGGGUGACAGGGAGACACACAUGCAUGCAUGCAUUUUAAAUCACCCAAGCCAUUAUACAAAGCGUCCGUUCAGCAUCGGCACGGUUCGGGUUUCACCUAUAAAUACACAGGCACACACGCUCACACACACACACGCGCUCGCUAACCAUACGCGGACCACAACAUCCUCGUCCGUCUCUCCGUCUAGGGCUGCUCGAGAGGCCAGGCCAGGCAGGAAUGGUUGUGAGAAGAGAGGAGACGCACACACCUUCCGCACAGCCAGCACGCACACGCGUGUUGCGUAGGAGACACGCGCGCGGGGCGCUGCUGACAGGGAGGUCCGCGUCAGGUUUGUAACAGGGGGUGGGUUGCGCUUUGAGUACACACACACACCACCCCCACACACCCCGUACACACCCCCACAGAGAGCUAUCUUCUUGCUCGUGAACGGUUGACAAGGCGUACAAUCUUCUAGCGACAAAGCGCAUAAAGACGCAGAGAGACGACGACGACGCAACGUGAACGGAGCAAGAGACACGCAGCGAGAGAAGUCGACACGGGAAUACGCGCGCGCGUUGGUUGUGGUUGGAGGAGGCGGCUUAAGGGCAUCACGAUUUCUACAACAACGAGCACACCACCACUACCACCACCACCACCGAGAUCAUGCCUGCCAAGAAGAAGCCGGCCAACCUCACCAUCAACCCAGGUGUGGUGGAAGCUCCACCGGUCAUCAACAACGAGGGCCUGAGGCCAGAGGGCCCUCCCGCUGCGGCGCACGGGGACUCGGAGGUCGACCGUGAGCAGCAGAAGCGCCUGGACGCCUUCUUGCACGACAAGCAGAAGGUGGGCGAGCUCAAGGAUGACGACUUCCAGAAGCUGAGCGAGCUCGGCGCCGGGAACGGCGGCGUGGUCAACAAGGUGCUGCACAGGCCCUCCGGCAUCAUCAUGGCGCGCAAGUUGAUCCACCUGGAGAUCAAGCCGGCGAUCCGCACGCAGAUCCUGCGCGAGCUGCAGGUGCUGCACAAGUGCAACUCGCCGUACAUCGUGGGCUUCUACGGCGCAUUUUAUAUCGACGGCGAGAUCAGCAUUUGCAUGGAGAACAUGGAUGGUGGCUCGUUGGAUUUGGUCUUAAAGAAGGCUCGCAGAAUCCCAGAAAAGAUCCUGGGCAAAGUCAGCAUCGCCGUGAUUCGAGGGCUGGCUUACCUCCGCGAAAAACAUCAGAUUAUGCACAGAGACGUGAAGCCGUCGAACAUCCUGGUGAACUCGCGCGGGGAGAUCAAGCUGUGCGACUUCGGCGUGAGCGGCCAGCUCAUCGACUCCAUGGCCAACUCGUUUGUGGGGACGCGAUCGUACAUGUCGCCCGAGCGCCUGCAGGGCACUAACUACUCGGUGCAGUCGGACGUGUGGAGCAUGGGCCUCUCGCUCGUGGAAAUGGCCAUCGGCCGCUUCCCCAUCCCGCCGCCCGAGCCCCGUGAGCUGGAGGCCAUCUUUGGCAAGGCGGUCGCGGACGGCGCCGGGGGAUCGUCGGCCCCCAGACCCAGACCCCCGGGCCGCCCCAUCAGCUCUUUUGGUGGAGGAGGAGGAGCACCGAUGGCAAUUUUUGAACUUCUGGACUACAUCGUAAAUGAGCCUCCUCCCAAGCUGCCCCCGGGCAUCUUCAGCCAGGAAUUCCAGGACUUUGUCAAUAAAACUUUGAUAAAGAAUCCUGCUGAACGCGCCGACCUCAAGACUCUAAUGGCUCACCCGUUCAUCCGUGGAGCGGAGGCGGAGGAGGUGGAUUUUGCCGGCUGGUUGUGCAGCACCAUCGGCCUCCAGCCACCCGCCACCCCCACACAGCCCGCCACUCAGUAAAGACCUCGGCAGAGACUCGAGGACCUAGAUCCAUGAGAACAUCGAGAUAUAUACGGAGUAGACAGAGACCCCAAUUGUCGCAGACUCAUAAGACACAAACAAGACUCGCGGGACACAGAGGCAGACAGCCGUGGAAACGGAGGCCCGCAGACACAUGUCCACGCGCCGCACAAUCAUCCUACCAAAUGGUGCACACUCAAGGUCAAGAGGUCAUCAUGACCGAGGCACACCAUGACAAAAGAAAUGUACGAUGCAGAGUUGUGAGAUAAUAACCGAGAGCUAGUGUUCCGCAAAAAACGUGAAAAUGGUUAAGUUCAGCAACAGUAGCCACAAAUUUAUCUUUAAGACGGUGGCGACAUCAAAGGGGUGGACGGGGUGGCUCAGAGGCCCUAGCGCCAGCUGCUGCCUGCGAUUAAACUGGGUUCUUGAGUGCUGCGCUUUGAUAGCCUCAGCCUGGUCACCAAUAGCUGCACACAAAAAAAAGCCAUUGCGUAAUAAUUUGUUUCCGCACUUAAUUUGCCAACAUUUUUGCUCUGAAAAUUCAGUUUGACUGCCAUCAGACAAACAGUGGUAGUGGGUGGGAAAGUGUCACCCUCUACUUAUGCGGACCCGGCGUCACUCGAAGGGAUCGUAGCGGUAGUUCUGUCACAUCCGCUUCCAUGGGCUGUUCUCCUACAUGGACAGUUGGGCUGUCCUGCACGAGAUCGGUACGGAUACUCCGUCUCAUGAUAUGACACCAAAAGCAGUUGGAAUUAAAUUAGGUAAAAAUACGAAAAAAUUUAAUAUGGUGGCUACAUCAAGCUGUUUAUGGUACAUGCGGUCUAGCGGAGCAUGAGGCUUCGUGUUAUUGCCUAUGUUUAGUCUUUUGUGUAACGUGCUUAAUAUUUUGUCUUGGGUUCCAUGUUUCCCAGAUGGUUGUUAUCAGCAGACAGGGCUGAAAUAUUGGAUGGGUGAAGAUUAUGAAUGUAACACGAUGCAGCGUCGAUUAAAAUGUAUUCUUAUGCUCUCAAUGCAAUGAAAAUCAACUCUAAUUAUACCUGAUAAUCGACUAUCUACGUUGGUGUAAAUCACAUUGUUACAAUUGGGCUGCUGGAGCUAACAACGGCACAAACGAGACAGUUACAAAGUAUAAUACAAGUGAGACGUUAAAACAAAAACCAAAAAAUGGUGAAUAGAAUCAUAACAGUUCGUGACGCUUCAUUCCUGAGUCGUUGGAGGGUGGAAUCGUCUCGUGAACAUAUCCACAAGCGUACACACACACAUUGGGGCGGAGUGGUGGAACAGCGGUUAGUGCGCUGAACUUUGAACUCGGCAACAUGAAUUAGAAUUCCGGCCCCGACUAACCUUUCUAACCAUUGCAGCGAAUGGCAGCGAAAAUGGUCUUGGCUCUUGCCACUUCACCAACCCACACAACCAGGGUUAGUGUGGCCAAGCAAAUCCCACGACUGACACGGCAUGGGGGGUGGUAAAAGCCUUCGUCCAGCAGUGAAGGGGCAAUGGUGGUGGGAAUCGCAGACACCGCCAGGGGAACGAGUUGAAACGGCCAGAUUCAAAUGCGUUGUGCAACUUGCGCCGAUUGCGACAGACCACGCGACGCUCACCUCGUCUCUUGCCACUUCGAAACUUGGCCACAAAGAUAAAGUAUAAAAUGGGUUUAACGGAACAGACUGUCGGGGUUUACUUGGUGACCACCGAUAUUGAAAGUUUGGUUUAGGACUUUUAAGACUGGCGACCUCUGGGUGGGAUCACCCAGUGGGUAGCUUUAACACCCAGAACAAGGGGCACAAGACCAGGAACUAAAUGGUCAAUUAGAAUCACGAAAUGGCCUCUUUAUGGUUCAAUACAAACGCUCACUAGAGCACGAAACUACACCUCAUCCCUAAACAGUACCUUAAAAGAUAUGCAUAAGGCAGUGUUGAUGUAUUGGGUUUAACUGUGCACCACUGCAUUCCCAAAAUGUAUUUUUAUCGAGACGAGAUACAUUGCCACAUUCGCAACUUCACCACUGGCCAAAAACCUCAGAGCCGAGUAGGCUUUCGCGUUUGCCGACUCUGCACGCACUCCGUGCAGUCCACAUCACAAAAAACCCAUCCCGUGCGCGUCGCUAAAUGUCUGCCGACGCCAUCACAGCAAAUCCACUCCAUUUCGAGGGUCUCACGUUUCGUACCAAGACGGCCAUUCAGCCCCACGUGCAUUGGGGGCUUUCGCAGAUACUUGCGGUUGUAACUUGUGGACACGUGCGAGAUGGAACAUUGUCUGCACGUUGUGCUUCGGCUCCUUUUAGCAGCCAACUACUGCUGUAACGCGUCUUAAAAUGUCCUGCGGAUGUUCUCGGGUCAAAUGGGAUUUAAAGGCAAAGUCAUCCACUGUGAUGGUAGACAUUUAUGGUUGCACGAUUUAAAAAAGUUUGUGUGUGAGGAAAGUCGCCAAAGUGGUUUGAAAAUAAGGCCGAAGAUAAUUUCCUGCUGCUUGCCAUUCGUGGUCAGUGCAAAUCCUAAAGACCGUUAGUUUCCUUAAUGUGCAACAGGCCAAAUAUGAAAACAAAGUAGCUGCAAAACUGCUAUAGCUGUACACACAUUACCACGAUUGCAGAACGAGUUAAAUUACAUUUCGAAACUGGCAGUGUCCAGUUUAACGUUACAGGUCCCUUUAAUUUACAUGCCAUUUAAGGUUCAACAGGGCAGCCAAUGGAGGCGUUACAGGCUUAUAACAGCCAUGGGUUGUGCAGGCGUUGGGAAACCACAAACUCCCUAUAUGUUGCAAGGGCCUAUCGAGUCUAAUACGGGAAAAUGACGGCUUUAAUCAGCGCAAGCACCCUUUAACAGGCACCUCCCUAGGAUGCUGUUUUUGCUGAUCAUGUGUCCUAUUGUUUCCCCAAAGGGGGGGGGGGGUUAGAACUGCCAUGUUGUGUGACCAAGUCUCGUCACUUGUUUUGUAUGACAUGCAAAGUGAAAGCUUUCUGUUGUGUCAAGUGUACCACCGUUGUAAUGCUGAAAAAUGUCUACUUAAAAAAAAUUACACAA